AUGGCCGCCGUCUCCCAUUCCUCGCACAUCCAGUCCAUCGACCGCCCAGACUCCCGUGUGAGUCUGGCGCGUUCCGAUACGACCUACCACAGCUUCCAGGACGUCGACCUCCCAGAGCCUAAAGUCCCGGAUCAGCCCACCGAAAAGGCAUCCGUAGAACAACCCGCCAAGGUGCCCCAAACCUGCCCUCCUCCGCCGUCAUGCACUUCUAUUCCUGAGGAAGGCUCUUCCAUCAAGAAGGAGCGUCCCCACGUCUGGGAAAUGCGCCGCCAAGAUUCAGGCUACGAGUCCCUCUCUCCUAGAGAUUCGUGCUCCUCCCACCGGAAAUCCACAUCAGCCACAACCUCCCCUUCCACAACUCGCCAGCGCCGCUCAACAAAGUCUCCACGCUCCUCUCGCUCCGGCACCGCCACAAAACGGCCCCGCUCUGGCCGUCAUUCCCCUCCCCAGUCACGCCACCAGACCUCUCAACAGCAGCCGCAACAACAACAACAAGAGUCCAUGACCUACACUUACUUCCACUUCCCCAGCUUCACCCCGACCGACCCCUCCUCCUUCGAUGAUGACGAGUCACCCAGCUCUGCUGCCGAAAAUACCGUCAUCUACCCCAUCCUCCAGCAAACAACCUACUGGACGAGCGACCGCACCCGCCGCCUCGAAUACGCCGCCAUCGAUGCGGCAAGCAAGGGUCUGCGAGGCUGGAUCAUGCGGCACGUCGUGCCUGAGUGUUUCGUGCCGAGGGGCAAGCGGUAUGGGAGUUUUGGGGAUGACACAGGGAGUGUGGUGCGGUAUCGGAUUGAGCCUGUGGGAGGGGACGAGGACGGGGAACGGGAGCAGGAGGGGGAUGAGAAGCGGGCCGAGCAAGGGGAGGGACCAGAGAAGAAGAGGGGUUGGCGGUGGAAGUGGUUGUUUAGAUUGGCGUUUCGGAGGCGGUGA